CAACAACACUGAGAAGAAACAUGGCGACGUCCAUGAGCCUCCGCUCUGCUGAUAUUCAGUCUUUUUUCUAACCAAUAAACUUAUUUAAAGAGGAACAAGUCUUGUCCGACUAGAUAACUAACAAUAAAUAAGUGUCAUGUCCAGGCUGGCAGUGGUGUGUGGAGGCUCCAGGGGCAUUGGGAAGGCCGCGUCCCGCCUUCUGGCAGAGAGGGGCUGCCGGUUGGCUGUUGUCUCCAGGAAUGAAGAUGCUGCCCGAGCCACUGUGGCAUCUUUACACGGAGCCGACCACGUGGCUCUCAGCUGUGAUGUCUCUAAAGAGCAGGAGGUGCAGAAAACCUUUGAGACGAUCCAGAAGACCUGUGGAAACAUCUCUUAUCUUGUAAAUGCAGCUGGCAUCAACAGGGACGCUCUGUUACUAAGAACCAAGCCGGAGGACAUGGUGGCUCUGCUUCACACCAACCUGCUGGGCACCAUGCUGACCUGCAGGGCAGCACUGCGCAGCAUGCUGCACACUGAGGGAGCUGCCAUUGUUAAUAUAGGCUCUGUUGUGGGUAUGAGAGGAAACGCUGGCCAGUGUGUCUAUAGUGCCAGUAAAGCCGGUCUGGAAGGUUUCACACGCUCUUUGGCUAAAGAAGUCGCUUCACGCAAUAUCAGAGUAAACCUGCUGGCUCCAGGUUUCAUUCGCACUGACAUGACUGCAGGGCUGCAGGAGGAGGAUGGGGUGCGCUCUAUCCCACUGGGGAGAUUUGGCGAGCCAGAAGAAGUAGCCCCGGGGGUCCUCUUCCUUUUGGAGUCUUCCUACAUCACAGGGCAGGUGCUGGUGGUGGAUGGAGGGCUGCAGUUGGCCAUGUAGAGAAUGGGGCCUUCCUCUGGAGUCGUCUCAAGUCUCAAAACAACAGUAGUGAGGCAGGUGAAAGCCUCACUCUGCCUUUUCUUGAAAAUUGUAUGUCUUGGUUAAGGCGCGGUUGGAGACUUUCUAGGAAAUGGUUCAAGAACAAGAUGAAGGGACAGAACAAACUCUUUGUACAAGCUGUAAAAAGGCAGUUACUUUAAGAGGAUCACUGUCCUACUGCUCUCUGUCUUUCUGCUGAGUCACUCUGUCCAGCCACAGUAGGCGUGGCCUGAUGUGUGUGUGUGUGUGUGUGUGUGUGUGUGUGUGUGUGUGUGUGUGUGUGUGUGUGUGUGUGUGUGUGUGUGUGACACUCGAUCAUGACUAACAUUGCUGACUCCAGAGUGUCUGGCCCAGUCCAGACCUCCGUGCCCUGAGGUCCUAAAUUUGAUCAGUAGAUUGAAAGCUGUUGGUCUUUUUCCAUGACUGUAAAGCGCCCCCUCAUGUUUUGUUCCCCACCUCCCCCAGGCGACCCCCCCACAGCCAGCCCAUGUUUCCCCUCCACCAGCGGCCCCCUGAGCCCACCACCUCUGGAGGGGCCUGUCGAGGGGCCAGGCAUGUUGGGCUGCAGCUGGAGGAAAUUAGAGGUAGUGGUGGAGGUGGGGGGGUAUUUUUAGCUCUGGGAAUGUUUUGAGUGUCUGGUUACAGCUCUGGACCUGUAGUGUGGAUGGAUAGGGUUGGAGGUGACUGUCAUGCUCAGUGAUGAGAUUUGAAAUGCUGCGUUGCUUGUUCCUGUCAUUGAAACACACUGUUAAGUGUCAUAACCGUGACUUAAAGUGAGCAACUUUGAUUGUGAUUGAUGUGCACUUGUGUCCUAAAUGUUGUAUUUUCUAUGAAAGGAUUAGCUUAUGUUGUACUCUGAUUAGUAUUCUUAGCAAGAAUGGUAUUUCCACUGUGACUAAUAGUGUGUUUUCUGGCAUUCUCUUAUUGUUUUAAGAAGAGCCUGCCAGUCUAUAAAAACAUCUCACGCUGUC